UCACCCCUCAUCAAACAAUUGACCACCAGCCCUUUUGACAUCUGACACCCCCACUCCCUCAAAAUUAUCAGUCAAAAUGGCCGCCACCGGAUCGGACGCGAACUUCUUCUUCAACAGCAUGCUGGCCAAGGCGUUGGUGCAGCUGAUCCCCAGCCACGAAAAGAAGCCCCUAAGGGUGUGGUUCAGUAGACUUUUGGAGCUAAAUAAAACCGUCAAAGAGGUGGAGAUGCGGGACGAGUACAUGUGGUUCAUGCUGAUGAUGUUGCAGUGCCAAAAGAUCCGGGAACCGUUCAAUCAUCCGCCCCCGUUAGAGAUCGAGCCCUUGAGGGAUUUGGUGGAUCCGAAGGUCUACGAGGAAAUUCUGGUGGCUAACGGAGAUACGAUGCAAUGGUUGGACAGGUCGAAUCUGAACAACGAAACCGCCCCCGAAUACGGUCCGGAGCGGUUCAAAGCCUCCGCCCCCGCGAAAUUUUACGAUAAUCAACCCGUGCCCCACGAGGGGGUCGUUUGUUAUAUAGCGGCUUUCAGUGACCAACGUUACCCUUAAAUUUUAUACUUUCGAAAUAAAAUGUUUAGUUGAUCA